CCAGCUUCUAGUUUCAUCUUAGAAUGAAGUGGACCCGUCAGACCAGAAGAGCUGAUUACUGAUGAAAACAGGUCCCUACAGAGGAUGCCUGUAUCUCAUUGGCUGAUAUAUCACCGGAGCGGAGCAGGAGUGAGGGAGAGGGAGAGUAGCGAGGAGGGGAGAACGCUCAAGAAGAUGCAACUACUCCCCCACAGCAUCCUGACACAUCACUGAGCAUCACUGAAAAGAGGUGUAGACACAUGCUGUUAUUUUUCGUCGCACAGAUUUGCGGUCCUCUUUUAAAUGGAAAGCACUACGCACUUGGAGGAUAACUUCCUCCACACUGCUGCUGGGAUCGGCGCUCCGACUGAAAGGUGCAGACAAGCAACAGCUGGGCUCACUGUUUUGAAGCUCUUCGGAUCUCAGAGUCAGUUGCACUUGAUCCCUUCGUCAGCUGCUCGUGACCGUGACUCUUAAUUUCUCCUUUUCGAGACUGCACCCGAACCUCUGCAUUGUUGGAGUGAGCUAUUUUAGUCCUCCCAAAGCCACGCUGUUGGUUUACUGAAAAGGCAUCGCUCGGGGAAGGGUGGCAGCAUUUACUGUAAAUGUGCAUCCCUGCGGCUGGUGCCAGAGAGUCACCCUCAAAGUCUCACGCACCUGCUGAGACUCCCUGGAAGCUACCUGCUGUGCCUUUGGGAUGGUGUGACCUCAAGCCAGCAGGUGACCUUCCUAAAUCGGGGUCAAGAUGCCGGUGAUGAAGGGCCUCCUGGCCCCACAGAACACCUUUCUAGACACCAUCGCCACACGCUUCGAUGGCACACACAGUAAUUUCCUGCUGGGUAAUGCCCAGGGUCACCGUGGGUACCCCAUUGUGUACUGCUCAGAUGGCUUCUGCGAAUUGACAGGCUUUACAAGAACUGAGGUGAUGCAGAAGAACUGCAGCUGCCGCUUCCUGUAUGGGGCCGACACCAGCGAGCAAGUGGCCCAACAGAUGGAGAAGGCUCUGGAGAGCCGAGAAGAGUACCAGGCUGAGGUCCACUUCUACAAGAAGAACGGUGUGGCCUUCUGGUGUCUGUUGGACAUUGUGCCCAUAAAAAACGAGAAGGGCGAAAUGGUUCUCUUUCUUUUCUCAUUCAAAGACAUCACUGACACCUACGAAAAGGGCCACCUCAACAGCAAGAAGGAAUUUUCAGAGGACAAGAUGCACAGGAGGAAGAGUAAUUCUCACUUCAGUGAGGCCAGGAAGCGUGGACACACCAUGCUGUACCAGCUGACCAGCCAAUUCUCCAGUGGAGGCAAAAGAGAGGUCAACCUGGGCGGAAGCAUGAUGGACAAGCCUGCAAUACCGGAGUACAAGGUGGCAGCGGUGCAGAAGUCACGCUUCAUCCUGCUCCACUACAGUGUUUCGAAAGCGCUGUGGGACUGGCUUAUUCUGCUGGCUACCUUCUACGUGGCUGUCACCGUACCCUACAAUGUCAGCUUCACGCCACACGAUGAUGCCAUCACAGCUGCACGCUCCACUAUUGUCAGUGACAUUGCAGUGGAAAUGCUUUUUAUUAUAGACAUCAUCAUGAACUUUCGCACCACCUAUGUGAGCCAGUCAGGCCAGGUGGUGUAUGAGUCACGCUCUAUUUGCAUCCACUAUGCCACCACCUGGUUCUUUGUGGAUCUGGUGGCUGCACUGCCCUUUGACCUGCUCUACGCAUUCAAUAUCACAGUGACCUCCUUGGUCCACCUGCUUAAGACGGUACGCCUCCUGCGCCUCCUUCGUCUGCUCCAGAAGCUUGACCGCUACUCCCAGUACAGCGCCAUGGUGCUAACCUUGCUGAUGUCUGUAUUUGCCCUGCUGGCUCACUGGAUGGCCUGUAUCUGGUACAUGAUUGGACGCAAAGAACUAGAGACCAAUGAGAAUUGGGACAUAGGGUGGCUCCAUGAGCUGGGCAAACGUCUGGAGACGCCCUAUGUUAACAGCACAGUGGGCGGCCCAACAGUGCACAGCUCCUACAUCGCUGCCCUCUAUUUUACCCUCAGCAGCCUGACCAGUGUGGGCUUUGGCAACGUCUGUGCCAACACCGAUGCUGAGAAGAUCUUCUCCAUCUGCAUCAUGCUCAUCGGCGCACUGAUGCAUGCACUGGUCUUUGGUAAUGUUACCGCCAUCAUCCAGCGUAUGUACUCGCGCCGCUCUCUCUACCACACACGUAUGAAGGACCUGAAGGACUUUAUUCGUGUCCACCGUCUGUCCCAGCAGCUUAAACAGCGCAUGCUGGAGUACUUCCAGACCACAUGGUCUGUCAACAAUGGUAUAGAUGCCAACGAGCUCCUGCACGACUUCCCUGAUGAGCUGCGGGCCGAUAUCGCCAUGCAUCUGAAUAAGGACAUCCUCCAGCUGCCGGUCUUUAAGGGGGCCAGCCGCGGCUGCCUGCGCUCACUCUCUCUUCAUAUAAAAACCUCAUUCUGUGUCCCGGGAGAGUACCUCAUCCGUCAGGGUGAUGCUCUGCAUGCCAACUACUUCGUCUGCUCUGGCUCUCUAGAGGUGCUGAAGGAUGGCAUGGUGUUGGCUAUAUUAGGGAAAGGAGACUUGAUUGGCUCAGACCUGCCUGGAACAGACCAGGUAAUCAAAACCAAUGCUGAUGUGAAGGCGCUUACCUACUGCGAUCUCCAGUACAUCAGUGUGCGUGGCCUGAAGGAGGUGCUGGAACUGUACCCCGAGUAUGGCAGCGUGUUUACCUCCGACAUCCACAACAACCUCACCUAUAACCUUCGUGAAGGCAGCCAGGACGAGGGCCUCCGAAGAUUUUCAAAGUCACCGAGGCUUCCACACGAAUCCAGGCUUCCUUCUAUUGUGGAAACCAAGACUGAUGAUCCUGACGACUCCUUCCACCUGUCUCCAGCCACGCGCUCCCGCCGCAACCUCCUGCUGCCCAACUUCACCAGCCCCGUUCGCCGCACCUCCCUAGGGAACCUCCUGGGGGACGAGUUACGGCAGUUCAACGCCCUGCGACGUUGCCGUUCGCCGAACCUUAGCCGUGGCUUCCUCGGACAGAGCUCCCCUCAGCCACCUUCGAAAAAAGAGCACACAACUCCUGUCUCAGCCCCGAGCACGGCAUCAACCGCAGCUGAGGGAGAGUCAGGAGCUGAGCAAAAGCCUACGAAGCUGCUCAUUCCAACUGUCACUUGUUUUGGGCCACCGGAUCUUAGUCCCAGGGUUGUAGAUGGCAUCGAAGACAACGGGAGUACGUUCCAUUUCAACGUGGAGCACAGCGGGCCUAAUGCCAGCUCAGAGAGCAGCAGCACCCAAGACACCACACAAAAUAAUCCUGCUCUGCUCCUGGAGACGGAGGAGGUCAGGCAGAGCAUCAGUCAACUCAACCUUCAGAUGGGCACAUUAAACCAGGAAGUCUCUGAGCUCACCAAGAGCCUGCACCACAUGAUGCACAUCCUCCAGGCUCACGUAUCUUUUCAUCACUACAAUGCCUCUUUCCCCUCCCAUCCGUGUGGUGUCCAAAUGGCGUCCAACUCUCCCAGAGCCUCCAACAGCGGCAUGCCUUUUAGUCAUGGUUCAACCUUCCACCUCCAUAACGUUCCCGGGAGCCACUAUUCCCACCAAAGUGCCCCAGCCGCUGGCCACUGGAGCUGCAGUGGAACUGCUGAAACCCCAACAGAGAGCCACCAGCGGCCUCAGUCCUGUAGUCCGCCUGCUAACCCCUGUCCGACACUUUCUCCUAAAUCUGUCCCGUGUCAUAGCUCUGAGAGCAUGACUGCACAUCUGUGGACCAGCCCAUCACUUCUUAGCGUCAGCCCAGGCUUCCAUGGAAGAAGUCCAGGCCUUCCACCUCAUGCUGGACAUGAAGACAACAGACCCCUCGGUGCUAGCUCAACUACCAUCAGUCAGUCCCAGCCCACUUUGUGCCUGCAGCCUCCCAGUGAUAAUGAUGAAUACUCUUGCCUUUUGUCCAGUGUCCCUACAGGAAUGUCCACACACAGCCUGCUGGACACAUCGCCCAGUCGUUACGCCAACCUUAAUCCUUUAAAAGCCUCAAAUGAGGCCAUGUGUGUCCUGAUGUCCACCCCGCCGUCUCACCCUCUGAUCCAGGAUACCUCAAUCUUCCAAAUUAAGGAUUCAAACUCCUCUCUCCACCCUGUCUCUUCCUCUCCACCCACAUUACCAUGCCAGCCUUUUGGGAGUUCUGUGGAUUCAGGAUCAUUACAAUCUGAUGUUAUCGAGCCCCAUCUCCCACUAGGUGACCCAUCUGCGGUGGAGCACACCAGUCUGGAAUGCCUACUGGGGAACACAGGCUCUUUGGAAAGCAGGGACAGUGGAAGUGCAUCUUCACGAAGGUCCAGCAUCGGCGUUCAGACUCAGAGCACAGAGCAGUCGUGGUGCCUGGACCUCACGGAUUAAUAUUUCCACAUCUCAGCAGCAGACUGGAACAAAGCAGAACCCAACACGAAAUUUCUAACAUGCAACUUCUUCAUGCAACAGUGUUUUCUGAGACUCAGGCAGAGACUGUCGAUGUGUGCUCUGUUUCCCCACCUUUUACUUCCCAUGCUCCCUUAUUACUCAAACUCCACGCAAUUUACACUAUUUCUAUGCAAAAGCAUGUAUUUUGUGCUUUAUUUUGGCUUUACUGAAGUGUGUCUAAAAAAGAAAAAAGCUCACGACAGUGGGUUCCAGUAUAUAUAUUGUAUAUUUUUUCCAACAUCUUCAGAACAACUUGCGGUUGAUAAUACCUGUUACCUCCUUGCAUGGUAAAGUAAUUUAUUCUUUUUCCUACGGAAAAGGUUUCCAAAUUAAUGUGUAAGCAUUCUACAUGACAACCAGUUGAUUGUGUUCACAGGCGCUGUAUUUACGUGCAGACAGGUCAGGAUGAUUUGCUGUUUUAAGAAUACAGAGGAACAAAAAUGAAACAUGCCUCACUUUGCAUGUAGAAAGUAGAGUAUGUGCAUCACACGGCGUAGAUUGUUUAUUGUUUUUAAUUGAAUGUCUUUCUCAGUUCAGCCUUCUGGGUUGUUUUGUGAAUAUCUGGACGAUAAGUAUCUAAUAUUUAAACUCCACCAACCAGUACACAGUACUUACUUAUGAUUUCAGUUAUAAUUAUGUUAGUAUCUCCUUUUAAAGCAGUCUUAAAACGUCAAAAUUUUCGAUUUUUCCUCACUAAAGCGUUAAAUAGAGCAAAACAAUGCAAAAGAAAAAAAAUCUUCCUCAAGCAUUUACAAUAAACACACCAUAGCUGCUCAUAAUUUAAACAUAAAUAAAAAGAUUUAGCUUCAAAGAAAAAAAAUAAAGUGGGUCCCAUUAAAUAUUUAAACUAGUCUUAAUUUACGAAAUAAAAAUGCCUCCGAGGGACAAAAAGAUGAACUUAUGACUCUUAUAGAAUAUUCAGAGUAUUCAGGAACUUUUGAAUGAUUUCUCUCUGGCUGACAAAAUAAAUAUGCAGAAAAUGUGCAACUGUGUCCUUUGCUGUUGUGUCACACUUACCACUGUUUAUGCAAAUGAUAUUUUAGAGACAGAAAACAUGUCAGAAUAACCAGCAUACUGUGUGCUAUAUAUGACUGCUUAGUUGCAAUAAGCCAUCAGCAGUCAGGAGACCAGCAUAAGCUUUGCUUUUGGAAGGAAAAUUGGAAUUAUUUAAGGAGAAAAUACAGUUACCGGUUAUUUGUGUCAA